AUGCCUCGUUCGUGGAGCAGGAGUGACCCAAAUUGCCCCUUACGUGCUUCUACCUGCUUAGUCGGGUUAUAUCCUUUCAUAUUCUUUCGCCGCGAUUUCAAUGGUGGAAUAGCUGUGGCGCUCACUCUUCAUUUGCUCGGGCGGCAGAGCGCGGUAGCAACUCAGGUUUUGACAGUUUUGUUGCACGCACAUGCCGCGACAUGUUGUGAAAUGGGAGAGCUGAAGCUCGUGCGUGCGUACGUUGCUGCGGUGGUAUACUCUGCGAAGAAGGUAAAGCCGGUGUGGGGAGCAAAGAUGUUCUGUACGUCUGCCGAUGCCGAUCUGCGGAAGGGAGAGGGAGGGACAAGAGAGAUGCUUUGUGCUGCAUCGACGAGAGCAGGUACGGCCGAGUAUCUGGUCGAUCGAAUCAGCAGUCAGAACUUAAGCUCAGGGGGCGAAGUUCAUGUCAUCUAUUUCAGGAAAGAAGUUGGAAAUGGUGCCUUCCUGCAUCGGCGCCGCCUUGUUCUCGCUCUUACUAACAACGGUGUCUUCGGUCGUACCUCAUCCCCUGAGUUCCCGCAACCCUUAACUUCCACUGAGCACAGCUACUUUGGCCAGACCCCUAUAUCGCUUGGAGGCUUGCAUGAAUACCUAAACGCAGGCACUGCAGCCGCAGGAAGCAAUAGGCGAAGUUCUGACAUCCUCCUAGGGAGAAUCAGAGCACGUAAGUUGUGGAGCAUCAAUGAAGCUGAACGUUUCUCCUGUGAGAAAUUAGGCAAUACUGAAACCAAGUCAAUAGAAAGCGGCCGUUCUAUUCUCUGGCAAAAUAUUUCAGACUCGAAUACGACAAGCACCUCUCAUAGGGAUCAUAUCCUUGCCCACCAACAGGGGAACAUUGAUGGGGGUCUCCCAGAGGGUAUCGAUAAGUCUCGGCGGUUUUGUGCCACCUUUCAAGGGCGGAAACGGCAGACUUCCCUAGAGUUAGGGUCAAUUAAUAACAGGCUGGAUGAUAGACCUCCACCUCUGGAGCUGCACGAUGACCCCCAGUCUCAGAGAUGCACAGCGGCCUCGCCCAAUAGGGUCCAACAACAGUAUGAGUUGUCACCUAUUCCACGGCUAGUCGACAUACUAACCGCAUAUUUGCAUAUAUCCCAGCAGGGAGCCUGCAUGACAAGAGCUAGGACGAGCUAUAGUGUGACCUUUGUCGCCUUUGAGCGGUGUGUGUUUUGGGACAUUUUUGUUGCCCCCUUCCCGAUAACCCUCAAUUUUGAAACUCAUUUCUUUGUUCAUGGAAAGCCGGUGAGUGACUGUUCAGGGCAAAUGCUGGUACAUAGCAAAGCACACCCUUCGCAAGCAAUUACAGAAAUGAGUAACAUGUGGAAGCCCCUGUCUCACCAGAGUGCGGACAAUGGGGGCAAAUACCAAUCUAAGAAGGGGAAGGCGGUCAUAUUUGCUCGAGUAUUCCGGCCAACGAAAUGCAACCAAACCCUUUGUAUGAAUUUUAAUUUGUGCAUGCUUCAAAAUGCGCAUCCUGAAAGAGAAACGCAACCACGUUUGCGGCGCGGUACGGCUGGCCAGCUACAGAUAAACAAUCCUACCGAUUCGUUACCACAAGCCAAGCCGACAAGGAGCAUGUCAGACAGCAUUCGCUCUGCUGGGGGUUGCCAGCGAGGCUGUUGUAUAUCUCCCCAACACGCUCCCUUCGGUCGAUAUACCGGCUGGUAUUGGAGCCUCAUAUCUCCCUAUAGAUUUUAG